AUGACAGAGCGUGAGAGCUCGCUGACCACAGUACUGGAUAUGGGCUUUGAUGCGCAGCGUGUGGACUGGGCGCUCCAGUCGACGGACGGCUCGCUUACGGCGGCGCUCGAUCAUCUGGAGGCGCACCAGGACGAGCCUAUGCCAGCCCAGACAGACCAGUCGUCCGAGGAGGCGAGUGCCAAAUCGAUCCAAUGCAAUGUGUGCCACAAACUAUUCCGCGAUAUGGAUCUGGCAAUGUACCAUGCUGAAAAGUCGGGGCAUGAAGACUUUAGCGAGAGCCAAGAAGCCAUUCGGCCCCUGAGCGAGGAAGAAAAGAAGCAGCGCUUGGAAGAGAUGCGUGCCAAGCUCGCGCAGAAGCGAGCGGCGAAAGAGCAGGAAGAAGCGCGCGAACGCAAGGCCAAUGAGCUUAUUCGCCGCAAGGCAGGGCAAGAUGCAGGCCAGGCGCGUGAAGAGCUGGAGCGCAAAGAACGCAUAAAGGAAGCAGAGAAGAAACGACGUGAGCGCUUGGAAGAGAUCGCCGCGAAGGAGCGCGUUCGACAGCAAAUUGAAGAGGACAAACGUCGGCGGGCCGAGAAGGCCGCCCACGAAAAGGCCCUGCGUCAAGGUCUCGUCACGGAUGCCACGUCACAGCCGGCUCCGCCCACACCACUAGCGGCCCAAUGGCCGAAAACCAGCAGCGCCACAGAGACGCGCCUGCGUGUGCGUACGCCGACAGGGACGUGGAUGGGCACCAUGCACGUCACUGCGACGCUGCGCGAUCUGGAGCAGGCCGUCGUAGCUGACGGCAAAGGGAAUGGCACACCGACUCUUACGUUUUCUACUACAUUCCCUCGCAAGUCGUACACUGAGGCGGAGAAAAAUCAGUCGCUCAAAGAAUUGGGCUUGGUGCCCAAUGCCGCACUGGAAGCGCAGUAG